AUGGAAGAUGAAAGUGCUUGGGUACUUAAAAAAGAUUGCUCCGGAGUUGACACAGAUUCGGUCAAAAGCUUCUGCUUCGACAGUGACUCUGUGGCUCUACGAAUAGCAAGAAUGCUUCCUUAUGCUCUUAUUAUUUUGGGAUCUACGGUUGGAAACAUUCUGGUCGCGUUCGUUGUCUUCAGAAGUCGCCCCAUGCGAAAGGCGAUAAACUUCUUUAUCGUGAACAUGGCUAUGAGCGAUUUAUUGAUCACACUGGUGUACAUGCCGAGAGUGAUUGGCAUUCUAUUAAGAGGUUACGAAUGGCUUUCCGAAGGCAUAGCUGGGUUAGUGUUUUGUAAACUGGUGUACUUCAUUCAUGAGACAGCUGUCAGUGUGACAAUAUUUUCUGCAAUCUGUAUCAGCGGUGAACGUUUCCUAGCUGUUGUACGUCCAUUGAAGACUUUGGCCAACGGCACUAAAGCGGCGCGCUACUUAAUCGCUCUUACAUGGAUGAUAUCCUCGCUUCUUAGGAUUCCAAUCUUGAUCGCAAACAAAAUUGGUGAACACUGUGGCAAAGUAUACUGCAGCCUCUCUCUGGAUGAAGUGUUUUGGCCAGGUUCCUCAGUAUUAUACCACAAAUUCAACUUGAUUGGCAUGUAUGCCACGCCCAUGGGAGUCAUGAUCGCUCUGUAUUCAGCAACGAUCUUUUCUUUAAAGAGAAGAAGUCGUCCUGGAAAUAGAGUUACAACCGAGAACACUCAAGCUACGGAGAUGAACAGAAAAGUGUCCCGAAUGGUGCUCGUAGUUACAACUGCUUUCAUUCUUUGCUGGAUUUUAUACUUUAUUAUUGCCGUUUUGAUGUCUUAUGACGUGAAAAUCUCAUGCAAUAUUCUGUAUCUUAGACUUCUUUUCGCCCACUCCAACUGCGCGCUGACGCCUGUGCUUUAUGCGCUGUUUAGUGAAAAUUAUCAGCGGGAGUUUAGAAACGUGUUUUGGGCAUGUCUUUGCCUGCGGCGCCCAAGGCGACGAGCAAGAACUAGCGAACGUUUGGGAAUCAACGAGAGGGCAUGGACUGUAGAAACAAUUAUGGAAUGUCAACUAUAA